CGCUCUGCUGGCUGGCGGCCUGUCAGGCGGCCGUGCGCGCCGCCACUCGUACCCCACACCCACACCCACUCCCCCCACCCGCUGACACUGCCUGUCAUUACCCACAUCCUGGCUCUCACCAGGCAGAUAUCCUUAUGUGGCGGCAUGUGGUAGAGUGGGAGGAGGAGGACGACGAGCUGGAGACGGUGCUGUAUGCGACCCCCGCACAGGUCGGUUUGUUCCACGCUGCCGAGGCCGGAGACGCCGAGGCCGUGGCCAUGCACAUCAGCCUGGUGCAGGCAGAGUCGACCGAGGAUUGCGAGUCGGGAGCCUUGGCGCCGCUUGACAUCACACUGUUGCGCGAUGAGCGAGGGAACACUCUGCUCAAUCGGGCGGUGUGGGGCGGUCACGAAGAACUCGCGAGAUGGCUCGUCGCCGAGUUUGGCUUCAGCAUUGCCUCGCGCGAUGCGUACGGCUUUACUCCGCUGGCGGAUGCAACGUGGUACGCCCAGGUCAAUGCGGUGCGAUUCUUGCUCGACGCCGGCUCGCCUGUGCUCACCGCCACACACAAUGGCAUGACGCUCAUCGACAUCUGCCAUCGCGACUUUCGGACCAUCGCCGAUCGCGACAACGACGUGGCCGCCGUAACGGCGAUGAUCGAGGCGUGGACCGAGGCACGGACUCGCUGGUGGAGGCCACAGCGGCAUCGGUACUUUCCCAAAGCCUUUCGCGACGAGGUAUUCACUGUUCUGGUCAUUGCCCGCUCGCACGAUCCCGACUCGGGCGAGUACCGCUACGCCUCGGCCUGUCUCCUUCCGUUGCUUCCAUCCGAGCUCCUCUGCCUCAUCUUUGCGCAUUUGGCGAGCCAGCAUGUGUAUGAAAUUGAGUACGCGGCAGCCGAUGCGGCGUUGGCGGCGCGAGCAGUGGCUCAGGCAGCGCAGGCAGCUCUGCGCGAGGCGCAGCGGGCGCUGAUGCGCGAGAUCGCCGCCGCUGCUGUCGUCGCCGAAGAUGUCGACAGCGAGCUGGCCGCUUAUGACGCAUGGGUCACCGCCUGCGACGAUCCCACAGUCACCAUGCUGGUAAGCCCGAGUCAGGCGACCGCCGACCAUGACGUCUUCUUUGCCGUCUCCUCCGCUCGGUCGUCAGGCCCGAUCCGGCUCAAGGUUCUCCGCGAUCUGGUGCAAGCCGAUGCCCAGCUACGCGCCGAGGCCCGACGUAACUCUUCUGGCUCGUCCAACUAA